ACAGUUACUAGCUGUCUCGCGGGAAAGCAGAAUCUCCUUGCGAGUUCAUCAGUGUCUAUAGUUCGACCUAGCUCGGGGAAUAAUGAAGAUUUGAUUUGAAGUAUGGUGAUGGGUUACGAAGAAUUUAGGGCUGUAAUGAACUUCGGGGACGGUCACGCGCAGCAGGUGGUGCCUAUAACGGUGUUCGUCGCGGUUCUGUGUCUCUGCUUGAUAGUGGGCCAUUUGCUCGAAGAGAAUCGAUGGGUUAACGAAUCCAUCACCUCCAUUUUAAUCGGAUGCUUGGCUGGAACAAUAAUUUUGUUACUGAGCAAGGGAAAAAGUUCUCACAUCCUGAGAUUUAAUGAGGAGCUGUUCUUCAUCUAUCUCCUCCCACCCAUAAUAUUCAAUGCUGGAUUUCAGGUCAAGAAGAAACAGUUCUUCCAAAAUUUCUUAACCAUUAUGCUGUUUGGAGUGGUUGGUGUUUUCAUCUCUUCACUCAUCAUUACAUCUGGCAGCUGGUGGCUGUUUCCUAUAUUUGGACUUCACGGGCUGAGUGCACGCGACUAUCUUGCUAUUGGAACAAUUUUCUCAUCAACUGAUACAGUGUGUACACUUCAGGUUUUACAUCAAGAUGAGACUCCUUUACUUUACAGCUUAGUAUUUGGGGAAGGAGUGGUGAAUGAUGCGACAUCUGUUGUUCUCUUCAAUGCAGUUCAAAAGCUUGAUAUUACCAGACUUAGUGGCAUGACAGCCUUCUAUAUUCUUGGAGAUUUCCUUUACCUAUUUUCAUCCAGCACAGCCCUUGGAAUCACUGCUGGUCUUUUGACAGCAUAUGCCCUUAAAACCUUGUACUUUGGAAGACAUUCAACUGUUCGUGAAAUUUCUUUAAUGAUUUUAAUGGCGUAUCUGUCCUACAUGUUGGCUGAGCUGUUAGAGUUAAGUGGUAUUCUCACAGUCUUCUUUUGUGGGAUCCUCAUGUCGCACUAUGCAUGGCAUAAUGUGACUGAUAGUUCAAGAAUCACAACCAGGCAUGGAUUUGCAGCAAUGUCCUUCAUUGCAGAAACAUUCAUAUUUCUUUAUGUGGGAAUGGAUGCUCUGGACAUUGAGAAGUGGAAGACGAGUAAAUUAAGUUUUGGGACAUCAAUGGCCAUAUGGAGUACCAUAAUUUUACUUACAUUGCUUGGUCGUGCUGCAUUUGUGUUUCCUCUCUCUGCUUUGUCAAACUACAUGCACAGAAAAGUUGAGAGAGCAUCAUCAAUCUCAUUCAGACACCAGAUAGUGAUUUGGUGGGCUGGGCUUAUGAGAGGUGCCGUCUCAAUUGCUUUGGCAUUCAAACAGUUCACUUACUCUGGUGUGACGUAUGAUCAAAUUAAUGCUGCUAUGGUGACCAGCACAGUCAUUGUUGUGCUCUUCAGUACUCUGGUCUUUGGUUUUCUGACGAAACCACUCAUAACCUUUCUACUUCCCAGCCCUGCGGUUGACAACAAUUGUCGGAAAGAGAAGGACACAACUCUUCCUUUGCUUUGGACACAACAAUUGGCCUCAGGCAACAUCCUUCCUACAGAGGAUAGUUUGUCCGUGUUAAUAGAGCAGCCUGUGCGUACCAUACAUUUCUAUUGGAGGAAGUUUGACAAUACCUACAUGCGACCCAUAUUUGGUGGGCCACUUGGCAACCAAUCCACCUAUUAGAAGGGAAUCCCCAAAGAGGAAUCAAUGCUGCAUGGAUGUAGCAUUCCCGACGACAAUGGUAAUCCAAAUGAACCCAGUUCUCAAAAGUGACCAGAAUAUCUACUAAUUGUACGGGAAAGCAAUGAGAUAUGCACAUGAUAGGACGACGAGCAUUCUAUAAGAUGGAUCGAUGAGUCGGCUAGUGUUUGUGUGUUGGGAGGGGGGGGGGGGGUAAAUUUAUGGGGGACUGCUGAGAUAGACACUGGCUGGAUUUUGAUGAAUAAUUUUGUUGAGAUUAGAUAAUAAAUUGCUUUUGUUUUUUGA